GAUAACACAAAUAAAUAAAAAAUUAUAUGGAUGAAGUCUUUUAUUAUCAUCAACAUCAUCAGAAGGAUCGAACAGUAUCAUAAUCCUCAUCGGAAUCUUCCCUCCGCCUUUCUCCGACGAACUAUUUAUAACAAUAUCCACUCAAUUCAAUCGUCGAAUUCAUAAUCUCUUCAACUUAAUCCCAUUUUUGAAUUUCUAAUCUUUUUCUUUUUCUAAAGAUUAGAAAAAGAUUAGAAAAAAAGAAGCAUAAAAUUAGCCAUGUCGGCGCGUGAGCUAGUUGCCGGAGGAGGAUGUGCGGUUCCUGGCUCUUCAUCAUCUUCCAACCCUUUGGGAGCUCUUGCUAAUACUCUUCUUGGGUCUUCUUCUAAAACCCAGGAAAGGCUAAGGGAAAUACCAACAUCAACAGCUACAAGCUCUGAGAAUCGGUUUUAUCAGGAUGUUCAGAAUCCUAUGAGUGCACUUCCAGGUGCUGAAUUUGAACAGCAAUCAUUUUCUCGCCCUGGCGGUCAGACUUCGGAUUUUCUUCGUGGGUUUCGCUCUGCUGAUCAAAAUGGUUUUGCUGAUGCUUGGGACGAAGUACAACAAUCUCAUGGACCCCCAAUGGCGGCCAACGUUCCUCAAAUGGAUCGUAUAUAUGAUCGUGGACCUCAGCAUCAACCAACGUUGGACGGCCCACCACAAAGAGUAUUGUCAGGCUUCUUGCACUCCUUUGUUGAAAGUAGCCGUGGUGGAAUUCCUUUUCGUCCUGCUCAACUGCCAGUCUUAGGAUUAUCUGAAGGUGACAAACAAUGCAUACGUGAUCGUAGCAGCAUUAUGGCUCGGCAUUUUUUUGCAGAUAAGAGUGAAGACUUUAUAAAUGCACAGGUGAAUGCACUAUUAUCUUCUUUGGAAAUUGACAGUGAUGUUCGUGCCAAGGGGCCUUUUCCUGGGAGAUUCCGGGAGCUGGAAGAUUAUUGGAAUGAGUCUCAAGGUGGUUUGCGACCCGGUCCUCAUGCUGCAGAUGGAUGGAUUACAGAAUUUAACCAGCACAGUAUGGACCGUGGUAAUCCUGAUGCCUGGGCUCAUUCAUUUGAACGACAACAUGGUACUAAUGGUUGGGCCUCUGAGUUUGAGCAGGAACAACAAUUGCUAUCGGCAGAUCAUAUGAGAGGUGCAAAUAUCUCAAACUUAGCUGCAAUGGAGCAGACCCGUAUGCUUGCUCAUACUUUAGCUCAAAAUAACGACCCUAAGUUUCAGAAUUCAAAGUUUCUUCAAUUUGUAUCGAAGAUGAGUCGUGGUGAACUCAUUAUUGAUGAUAAUCAAGUCAAGCCAGCAACAUUGUCUGCACCUGGUGAUUGGGCAACCGAAUAUCAACAACAAAACCAUGGGAGCUCUUCUUGGGCCAACGAAUUUAUGUCAAAUCAGGUUCCUCAUGGACCUGAACAAUGGGCAAAUGAGUUUGCUACUGAAAGAGGGCAAAAUGGGACUGUGGAUGAUCAGUGGGUCAAUGAAUUCUCAAAGUUGCAUGUCGAUGACUGGGCAGACGAAUUUGGGCAGCAAGUUGCGGAAGGAGCAUUAGGGGAUAGUACUGCUGAUAGCUGGGCAAAUGCAUACGAUGAGUAUAUGAAUGAACAAGUAGCUUCCAAGCAGCAAUCAGAUGCUUCAAGGGGAGUUUAUGUGUUCUCUGAUAUGAACCCUUAUGUUGGUCAUCCCAAUCCUUUAAAAGAAGGUCAGGAUCUAUUCCGCAAGGGGCUUCUGAGUGAAGCAGUCCUUGCUUUAGAGGCUGAAGUCUUGAAAAACCCUGAUAAUGCUGAAGGUUGGAGGUUACUUGGAAUAGCACAUGCAGAGAAUGAUGAUGAUCAACAGGCUAUUGCAGCUAUGAUGCGUGCACAAGAGGCGGAUCCUACAAAUCUUGAAGUGCUUCUUGCUCUUGGUGUGAGUCAUACAAAUGAACUGGAGCAGGCACAUGCUUUGAAAUACUUAUAUGGUUGGCUUCGCAAUCACCCAAAAUAUGGAACACUUGCCUCUCCAGAGCUUUCUAAUUCGUUAUACCAUGCCGAUGUUUCUAGAUUAUUCAAUGAAGCUUCUCAGAUGUCACCUGGGGAUGCAGAUGUACAUAUUGUACUCGGUGUACUUUAUAAUCUAUCCAGGGAUUAUGACAAAGCUAUUGCUUCGUUUCAAACAGCUUUGAAACUCAAGCCACAAGAUUACUCACUUUGGAACAAGCUUGGUGCAACUCAAGCCAACAGUGUCCAGAGUGCAGAUGCAAUAUUCGCUUACCAGCAGGCACUUGAUUUGAAGCCAAACUAUGUUCGUGCAUGGGCGAAUAUGGGAAUCAGCUAUGCCAACCAGGGUAUGUACGAGGACUCAAUCCGAUACUAUGUCCGGGCACUCGCUAUGAAUCCGAAAGCAGAUAACGCCUGGCAAUAUUUGAGAAUUUCAUUAAGCUGUGCUUCUAGGAACGACAUGCUAGAGGUUUGUGAUACGCGUAAUAUCGACGCUUUGCAAAAGGAGUUUCCGCUGUAAUAGUCUGGGAAGUGACAUACAAAUUAUAGGCUGCAUUGCUGAAGAGCGAAUGCUAAUACUAGAAUGUGAUGUGAUUCUUAUAAACAUGGAAAUAGAGCAGAGCAUAUUCAUUAGAAAUAAACAUUGUACUAUGGAUUAAUAGUUCUGUCAUUAAUAUUAAGAUGAGAAAAUAAAGUUGCUUGAUAUUGAUGUA